GAGCAAGCAAUGGGGAGCCACCCAAACCCGGCAAGCCAUCCUUCCCUCCCUCCCCCACGCCCAAAUGCUGGCGACCGCCUGCGGCGCGCCGCCGUGCCCGUGCGCGCGGUCGCGGCUGCUCCCCUCGGCGAGCUUAGGAAUCGGCUAUGGCGGUGCACGCGUCCGCAGCACGAGGCAGAUGGCGCCGAGGAGGGCCGCGGUGGUGCGGUGCGGGCUGCUGCCCGUGGACCCUUGGGCGCCGACCAUGGACUCCCAGAGCGUGGCGUCGCAGCUCUUCGCCGUGUCGCUCUUCCCCUACCUGGGCUUCCUCUACUUCAUGACCAGGUCCAAGACCGCGCCCGGGCUCACGCUCUUCGGAUUCUACUUCCUCCUCGCCUUCGUCGGCGCCACCAUACCUGCUGGGAUUUAUGCAAAAGUUCAUUAUGGAACCUCUCUGUCUAAUGUCGACUGGCUGCACGGGAGUGCAGAAUCGCUGCUUACUCUUACCAAUCUAUUCAUUGUUUUGGGGCUGAGAGGAGCAUUGAGGAAGCUGGAGGAAGAGGAUACAAAGGAGAGCAUUUCUGAAGCUUCUCAAGACAGUAAAGAAAAAAGUUCUGUCUAGACAGUUCUAUCUAUAUGUACCCUGAUUGUGCAUCUAGAGAUGUAGGAGUACAUAUAUUUCUUCUGCUCAACUAGCCAGUAAGGAUUAUGUAUAGAAACCCUCGCAGAUUUUCUUUCUGCAUAUGGUGAUCCAGAACAUGGGAGUUACCGCAGUUCUUGCAGCACUGUGUAACGAUCUAUGGUACUACACUUUCCACUGGGAUAA